UUUCGGGCAUGUGCACCGUUUAUUUUCGCCCUAUUGGAAACAUUUGCGUUACUUCACCUUAAUCUGAUAUUAAAAAUGCUCAUAAAAUAGUAAACGCCACUCGGUAUUAUUUUCAACAUUUCACACGAAAAUGCCGCGUUCAUACUUGAAAAGAGACGAGGCGAGAGAUGCUGCUGAGAUGAAACACUUGCUUGCCUCAAAAAUAAGGCGGCGAAAGGAAGAGAUCAAGAACUACUUAUUAGAAAGACGAGCUGAAGUUGACAAACGAAUCAGAUAUCGAAGACAUCUUUUCCAGAAUUAUCUGAAGACAACGUUGCCUUCACCAGAUGAUGAAGAAGAAGAUCUGCAAGAUCAUGUUCCAAUCCCUGCAGACCCAGACUGGUGGGAGCGAGUUGUCAUGACAGAGUUUGGACCAGAUGACUGGCUUGACAAGUUCCACAUCACAAGAGACAUUUUCUUUCUUUUAACAACCAAACUCAAACCCCAGCUUGAGCAAGUAUGUACACAACAAAGCGGACAAAUCAUUACACUGGAGAGAUGUGUUGCCAUGGCCUUAAUGCGGCUGUCCACCAGCACAGAGUAUUGCUUUAUAAGUGAACUCUUCGGUGUCUCUAUUUCCACUGUUUGCCAAUGCGUGAGAGAAGUGUGUGAAGCCAUCAUUUUGUUACUAAAACCGCAUUACAUGCAAUUGCCAGCUGACCAUGAGCUGGAAGAUAAUGCCAAUCAGUUUGAUGCCCUGUGGGGUUUUCCUCACUGCAUUGGCAUCAUUGACACACUGUACAUCCCUAUUCAAAUGCCCUCUAAAGACAACCAAGAAUCCUGGGACCCGAGAGGUUGUUACUCUGUUGUUCUUCAGGGUGUGGUGAAUGCACACGGCACUUUCUGGGAUGUCUGUUCUGGAUUUACAGGCAGCACUGAUGACAUGAUUAUAUUGCAGAGCUCAGAGCUGUGGACCAUGGCUGAACAAGGAGGCCUCUGCCCUCAGCCACCCAAAGAACUUAUGGGUCAGCCGUUGGGAUUUCUGCUACUUGGGGAUGCAGGUUACUCACUGCAGACAUGGCUACUGAAAUCCUAUCCUCCGUCUCCAAAUCUAACACCACCACAACAGACAUUCAACACUAAACUAAACCAUUGCCUUAAAGUCAUUGAACAUGCUUUUCAGCACCUUAAAGCUCGUUGGCAAUGUCUACAUAACAGGAAUGACAGUAACUUAGACUUAGUGUCUAAGAUGGCCGUAGCUUGCUGUAUUUUACACAAUAUCUGUAAGGUGCAUGAUGUCCCUUUCAAAGAGGAGUGGAUUGAAGCAUUACAUCAGAACGAAUGUCCACAGCCUGCAGAUGUUUCCACACUCUAUAUAGAUGAUCCAAAUGCAGAGGCAGUUCGUUCUUUGCUUUGUAGUUGUUUCGAGCAGCAAAAACAGAGCAAUCAAUUGGAUCAGUGUCCAUCAACCAGUUCUGUUCUGCCUCCAGCACCAAAGCCCCCUCUAGUGGAAAGUAACGGAACGACAUAGCUUGUGUUUUAUUUUGACAGUUAAUAGUCUGCCAAAGCUGUCGUUUCAUACUUUAAAUAUCAAGAUGGGUUAGCUGGUCGACAAUACUCACCUGAGUUUAUCUGUUAUCAUCUUUAGAAGUUCAAUAAGGUGUAUUAUUUAUUACAAUGCAAUUAAAACAGUGCAUAUGUCAGAAUCUUGCUUUAUAAAAUGUAUUUUAUAUAUUUAUUUUAUGUAUUCAGUAUUUUUGCUGAAAUAAACUGAUAGUAAUACGUGUUUGAAAAGUGCGUAAAUUACUAUUGAAUGGACUGCUGGUUAGUGUAUGUACUUGCGCUAAACUCCUCCACUCCAGUAGGUGGCGCUUUACCAAUGCGGACUUUCGAAAACUCACUGCUGGAAUUCACGAGUGAAAGCUCUCGAGCGUGCGGCAUGGAUAGCACCCUAUAAACAUAUUUAACAGUCCAAGGAAUCCUGUUGUAUAACGACCUAAAUCAUAAAACGUUCCUCAUGGCAAGUGAUAGAGACGCAGCGGCAGUGGGGAGCGUUCUUGUGAACUCGAAGCAGGACCUGACAACUCGUUUCAGAGCACUUUUUACUCUGCGAAAUCUCGGUGGACCUGAAGCCAUUAAAUGGAUCAGUGAGGCUUUCGCAGAUGAAUCUGCACUCCUAAAGCAUGAGCUGGCCUACUGCCUGGGCCAAAUGCAAGACGAGCGGGCCAUUCCUAUUCUAGAAACUGUGCUAAAAGACACCAGUCAAGAGCCAAUGGUCAGACAUGAAGCAGGGGAAGCUUUGGGAGCCAUUGGAAAUCCAAAAGUCCUGGAUUUACUGAAGCACCAUGCUGAGGAUCCAGUUAUUGAGGUGGCAGAGACUUGUCAGCUGGCGGUCCGGAGGUUGGAGUGGUUGAUCAAUGGAGGCGAUGAGUCGGCAGAGAAAGAUUUGAACCCCUACUUCUCCGUUGACCCUGCACCACCAGCCCUUAAAAAAAGCGUCCCAGAAUUGAGGUUGCAGCUUUUGGAUGAAAGCUUGCCCCUGUUUGAGCGUUACAGAGCGAUGUUUGCCCUGAGGAAUCUUGGGACUGAGGAGGCUGUUCUCGCUCUAGGAGAUGGUCUUCAGUGCAGCAGUGCCUUAUUCCGCCAUGAGAUUGGUUAUGUGUUGGGUCAGAUCCAGCAUGAAGCCAGCAUCCCUCAGCUGCAGGCUGCUUUGGAAAAGGUGGAGGAGAAUGCCAUGGUCAGGCAUGAGUGCGCUGAGGCACUGGGCUCUAUUGGAAAGGAGCCGUGUUUACAGAUCUUGCAGCGCUACAAGAAAGACCAGGAGCGGGUUGUAAAGGAGAGCUGUGAGGUGGCAUUGGACAUGCUGGAGUAUGAGAACAGUUCACAAUUUCAGUAUGCAGACGGACUAUUGAGACUGCAGCGCACUCAAUGAAACCAUUUAUCCACAGUUGAUAAAACAUGUUUGUUACACAAUUGGCUCAUCUUUUAAAUUUACGGCUGGGAUAGCAAUCCAAUGGAUGUUUUGGCCCCUUUUGAAAUAUUUAAUACACGUCAGUCUGUAUUCUGACAUAAGUGUAAACAUUCACUCCCUUGCAAAUUCUGUAAAAUUAAAACCUGUAUAUAAUAAAUAAUUCCUUUGGCCACAUA